AUGCCGCUCUUCCUGGUCGUCUGCUCCGACACCGUGGAGAACCGCAAACUCUACCAAUUGACUUAUCGUGGGUGUGAGGUGUGGAAGCGUGCCAUCGCUCGCCAACGUGGCCAAACACCAGCGCCACGUCCGAAGAAGCCAGCAAAGAGACGGCCCGGCGUCUCUUUCGCGGCGGCAACGUCAGGGGCGCCCUCCGCCGUCCCGGCUGCGUCGGCUGCUCUUGCUCCUGCCUCAUCCGAGGCCGUGCCGACACUUGAGGCUCCUGCGCCUCCACCACAGCUGCUAGUGGCGGACCCGGGUACUGCCUCUCCCGGGACGUCGGCCAGACCGUGCCCCGCCACCCGCCGGCGCGGGGGUCACCGCCCCGUGGGUACCCAGCGCUCAGCACCGUCAGUCGAGCAGCCCCAGGUGGACUCUCACAGCGAAGCAGCCACGCCUCCCCCUUCCAGCGACGGGGCCACACCGGCUGCCUCCACCGCUGACCUCGCCAACCUUGUCGCGCAGCUCACUGCUCUGGUGACCAGUGCUACGAAGUUGAUUGAAGUCCUGUCGCCGAUGGCCUCUUUGGCCCCGACCACUGUCAACACUCACCAGCUGCACGUCUGUUCUCAACGGAAGACUAACUCGAACUGGUCUGCACCCGCAGCGUUAGACGGUAAGGAACUGCGCGCAUUGACAGAAAAAGCGGACCCCGCCCAACGGGACGGUGCUAAGAAGAAGAAGAAGAAGAAGAAGAAGAAGAAAAAUUAA